AUGGCUUCCCAGCCUACGUCCCGUUUCUCGACCGACUCUAGUAGCUCUCAUCCUUCCGACGAAACACCACCGUCUUCAGACAACAGCUUAACCUCGGCACUCAUACGUAUCGAGGACAGGGAUACCAAUGAUGGAGCAUUCAUGCUUUCGGACGAGGAUGAUUUUCAAGAAAACAACUCUGGACCAGAAGUAGUACUUCCCCCGUCGAUCGUCUUUGGUUAUUUUCUGUCUCCGUGCCUUAAACUCGGAGUAAUGCUCAUUUUGAGCAGCCAGACACCACUCAAGAUCUCCAUUCCGGCUUUACUUGUGUUUUCUUUCCUCUCUGUGUUCGCUCGGCAAAUAUGGUUCUUACUCGCGCGUUACGUCCGGAGAUCCGACGUGGGUGAUAUAGUAGCUGAGGCAGUCGCAAGAGGACGACGUAAAGCGGGUAUUCGGGUGUAUGUGAGGGCUAUUGCACAGGUGUGCAGCGGGGUGAUGCGUAUACUACUGGCAACUGUGUACUUUAAGGGUGCGAAAAGUUGUAUUGAACCACUGUGGCCUGACGACAUAUCUUUGAUUUCACCAUCCUUCACCUUGUCUGUGGUGUAUAUAAUCUUUCUCACCCCGAUUGCUCUGGCCCCGAAUCUGGCAAGUCGGCGGCUGGUUUAUACGACUGGUGUAUCAAAUGCAUUGUACGUUAUCUGGUUAUGCGCCAUCGUUUACGCGCAUGCCACGGGUGCCCUCAAUACCGACAACGUUAUGGUACCGCAAGGCCGCCUUCUGCAGGAUAUAUCAUCAGUUGCCUUUGCCUUCACUUCUUUAUCAAACCUGCACAUCUUUGCUGGAACGGUCGGAUCGUACACCAAUAGUGACAAGAAAGAGAAACGAUACCUUUCUGUUUCAUCCAUAUCCUUCUAUGCGACUGUUGUCGGAACGAGUCUAGUCCUCCCUGUAUUAUUCCCUUCAGUAAAAUCACAUGGAGAUAAGGAAUCGAGUGAGGACGCAUCCCUAGUGCAAGCGCUCAUCGCGACUCUCACAGCAUUCAUACUUCUCCUUGCAAUACCUCCGUUGCUAGCAACUUCUCCAUUCCCUGUUCCCUCUGUAUUACGUCGAUUAACGAAUCAGCCACUGGGACGAUAUGCACUCGUAAUCCUACUCUUCGCACUUUCCCUCCUCCCAGAAGCUGUGGAACCUAUACUAGAGGAUAUCACCGUGCUUCUCGUCCUCCUAUCAACGUACUUUCUACCUGCGCUCCUGCAUAUCAUCCUACACAACUUCCGUCGGCCAAUGUCAAUAAUUGUCGAUCCACGGCCGCUACUGCGUUCUACGUCAGGCAUAGUCUCCGAUGACGACGACGAACUCAGUCCAACCGGGCAUGAUCGAGACACAGAAGAGUUACUUCUUCGUAAAGAACGUGCGUUGCAGCGUCGUCGUCUGGGACGGCGAGUCAUGUGGGACAUCGGCGUCUGGAUUUUGCUCGUUCCUGUUGGGGGAGGUGGGUUUGCAUGGGCAAUUGGGAGGUUUGCAAAUGUAUGGUGA